AUGUCUGACACUGAAGAACUUAAUGGUUCAGAAUUAGGGACGUUAGAACACUGGGAAAAGAUUUAUGAUGAAGAAAUAAAUAAUUUUGAGGAGUAUGGUGAUGUUGGAGAAAUUUGGUUUGGGAAAAACAACGCUGUUAAAUUGAUUAAGUGUAUCGAAAACCUAAACAUAUCAAAAUCAGACCCAAUAAUAGACCUCGGCUGCGGAAACGGCUGGACACUGAUAAAACUCCAUGAGAACGGGUACAAUAAUCUCCUGGGCGUCGACUACUCACCAAAAGCAGUCGAGCUGGCAAGGACAAUUCUAGAGGAGCAGAAAAUCUGUAAGGACUCAAUAAGAAUCGAAGUGUGCGAUAUCUUGGCGGAUAUGAGCAACCCGGAGCAAUCUGAGGACUUUCUGAGGCCCGGGAGCUUCAAAUUGGUCCACGACAAGGGCACCUACGACGCGAUAAGUCUGAACCCGGAAAACCGGCACCAACAGAGGCAGAAGUACAUCAAGAAUGUCGGGAGCCUGCUGAUGGACUCCGGGUUCUUGGUCAUCUCAUCUUGCAACUGGACCAAGGACGAGCUGGUGCAUCAUUUUAGCGCGUUUGAGGUUCGAGAGGUUCUUGAGACUCCUGGAAUUCAGUUUGGGGGGAAAGUAGGGAAGUCUGUCACGAAUAUUGUAUUUAAAAAAAUAAAAAAAUAA